AUGGUUAGAGAGACAAAACUUUACGACUUGUUGGGGGUGUCUCCCUCGGCAAACGAAACGGAAAUCAAAAAGGCAUACAGAAAGAUGGCACUUAAAUACCAUCCAGACAAGCCCACGGGAGACACGGAAAAGUUUAAGGAGAUUUCUGAAGCCUUUGACAUUUUGUCCAAUGCCGACAAGAGACAGGUCUACGACGACUACGGCUUGGAAGCUGCUAGAGGCAAUGCUCCUGCCGGAGGAGCAGGCGGUAAUCCGUUCGCUGGAGCGGGCGGUGCCGGUGGUGGUGGCCACACAUUCAACUUUGGCGGCGGCGGCGGCGGCCACCACUUCUCGCAGGCUGACGCUUUCAACAUUUUCUCGCAGAUGGGCGGUUUCGGCAUGGACGACAAUGGCUUCAGUUUCGGAGGCGGCGGCUAUGGCGGCGGCCACGGCUUUGGCGGCGGCCAUGACUUUGGCGGAGGAAUGCCAGGCGGCUUUGGCGGCCGUUCGGCUCGUCGGCCUGAACCAGAUACCGUGUCGAUGCCUUUGCCUGUAUCAUUAGAAGACUUGUACAGCGGCGCCACGAAAAAGAUGAAGUUGAACAGAAAAGGUCCUGAUGGAUCCAAGGAAUCCAAGAUUUUGGAGGUGAAAAUCAAGCCCGGUUGGAAGGCUGGUACCAAGAUCAACUUUGCCAAUGAGGGAGACUACCAGCAAGAAUGCCAGGCCAGACAAACAGUGCAAUUUGUCAUUGAGGAGAGACCUCACGCUGUCUUCAAGAGAGACGGAAACGAUGUCAUUGCUACGGUGCGGUUGACGUUCAAAGAGGCGUUGUUGGGCUUCGAUCAUGAAAUAACCACCUUGAGCGGCAGAAAAAUCAACAUCUCUAGAUCUACACCAGUGCAGCCCACAUCCACGAACAGGUAUCCUGGAUUGGGUAUGCCAAUUUCCAAAGAACCCGGUCGCCAUGGUGACUUAAUUGUCAACUACAAGAUUGACUUCCCUGUUCACUUGACACCACAGCAGAAGGAAGCUAUCAAAAGCGCUUUCUAG